AAGGGGCUGGGGCUGCCCCCGUUCUUGGCCUCCUUGCUGUUUCCGGAUCUGCCUUGCGAGAGGGAAGCUACUCUGAGGGCGUCUCUGAGAGUGGACCAGCAGCCGCCCGCCCAGCUCCUGUCCCAGGAUGGACUCGGGAUCCGGCUCCCGUGCCCCCCUGACUCUGAAGCUGCUGCUGCUCCUGCUGGCACUGCCGCUUGGGGGCCUGGCUGGCACAAGCUGCUACGGGAUCCCCGGCAUACCAGGGCUGCCGGGGGCGCCAGGGAAGGACGGGCACGACGGACUCCAGGGGCCUAAGGGUGAACCAGGAGCUCCUGCUAUUGCUGGGCCCUGGGGGCCCAAGGGGCAGAAGGGAGAGCCCGGCAAGCCCGGCCAUCCUGGAAAACAUGGCCCCAUGGGGCCCCUGGGGAGCCUCGGGGAACCUGGCAUCCCGGGCCCCCCUGGACAACCUGGCGAGGAGGGCAGGUACAAGCAGAAAUACCAGUCAGUGUUCACCGUCACGCGGGAGACCAGCAACUUUCCAGAACCCAACAUCCCGGUCAGGUUCAACACGGUGGUCACCAACCCGCAGGGUGACUAUGACACCAGCACGGGCAAGUUCACCUGCAAAGUCCCCGGCUUCUACUACUUUGUCCACCACACAUCCCAGACGGCCAACCUGUGCGUGCAGCUGUUCCGCAACAACGUCCGGGUGACCAGCUUCUGCGACCACAUCACCAACAGCAAGCAGGUCAGCUCGGGCGGCGUGCUGCUACGGCUGCAGAGGGGUGAGCAGAUAUGGCUGGCUGUCAACGACUACAACGGCAUGGUGGGCACCGCCGGCUCCGACAGCGUCUUCUCCGGCUUCCUGCUCUUCCCAGAUUAGGGCGGUUCGGCCUGCUCCAGCCCCCUCCACCCCCCCACCCCACCCCGGCCAGGCCACUCCACCUCCCUCCCGGCCUGUCAGUCUCUGCAUCCGUUUGUCCCACCUGAUGCCCACCUCCACCCAGGGUGCCCACCCCACAGGUUCUCUCCUUCUUUCUCGGCCAUCUCUGUUCUGACACAUCCCCAGCACCUUCGGGGGCUGCCCUGGGUUUCUGCCCAGUCUCAGAAGAGACCAGGCGAUGUAUAAAUAAAGAGUUAAAUCAAUGAA